GCGCGAGCCGCCGCCGGCAGGAGGCGAGGAACCGCCAACAGGCAGCAGCCGCUGCACCCACCUCCCUCCCUCCCUCCCUACACAGGGGCAGAACUCUCCGCCCGGGGUGGGACUGCCUCCAAUUAGGCUCCAGCGAGCACACACACAGAGAGAGAGAAAGAGACCGAGUCUGAAGGAGAAAGCGAUAGGAUUUCCUGGCACUGGGAGUGGAGCCGAGGGAUCGGGACGGGAGCAGCCGGGGAAACAGGGAGGGAGGGACCGGGAUCAGCUGGGCUGGGCUGGGCUGGGCAAGGAGGUCGAGAUCUGCCCCGGUGUUUGGAGCAGGGAAGGGGGGUUGGGAUCAGCAGGGAGGAUUUGGGAUCAACCGGGACACACACACACAGUGGAAACGGGAUCAGGAGCUGACGAUUGAGAUCAGUCCGGCGUUGGGACCGCGAGCAGGGGCGAGGUUAACCCAGGACAAGACUGCCCAGUAAUGUUUUGAGACUUUGGUGGAGUGGCUUUGCCUGCCUGGGUCGAACAAGCCAAAGGACGGCGAGCAUUUGAAGUGGAAGGCUCUCACUGAGUGGGGGGAAGACCAGAGCCUUGCACCCGCUGGAAACUGUUCGCCUUCCUCUCGAAGAAUCUUUGUUGUGCAGAGUUUACGAUGUGGAAGGCACCGAGAGAUCGCGGACAAUUGGGACCGGUCUGCGAAUGAAAUAAUCCGCAUGGAACUACGAUGAAGACAGCGAUGAAGAGAGCAUCGAGGAUAUUGAUUAUUUUGAGAUCGGUGGAAGAAUAAAACUGAAGGAAGCCACCGGGCAGAUUGAAAAUAGCGUGCAAAUGGUUGGGUAUUGCAUCCAGCGUCCUCUCGUUACGAUGUGGCUAAUGGGUAACAUUGUGAACACAUUUACUGGAUUUGUCACUGUUUAACCAACAAAGAGUAGCCGGAGAAAGAGGGAAAUGGCUCAACUUUCGCUGCAGGUGUUUGACUGCAGGAAAUAUUAGCUGCAAUUCUUUUUUUUUUUAGUUAAAUCUUGUGUCUGUUUUGAUAUUAAAUCUCCCAUGCAAUAUGCAAUGAGCCAACUGUAAACGCCGCACCGAAGGAAAAUCGGCUCUGCACACACAAAAUGUCUCAGAGUUUAUUGCAAGGAAAACGAUUUUUCUGCCGGGAGUGGGUUUUCCAUAAAUUCCAGCAUUGUCUUCAAGAAAAGAACAAUGAAAAAACAUUUGGGACCUCUAAUUCCAGCGGAAAUACUGGAUCCUCCGGAAAGCACAUCGGAGGAAUCGGGGGUAUUUUGGUGGUCGGGGGACCUGGAAGUGGGAAGACGGCACUGUGCACUGAGUUGGUUUGGCCCACCUGUCCGCAGCUGGUUCAACGGGGAUUGCAUCGUCAGACACUCGCCUUUCACUUCUGUAAAGCCCAGGAUGCAGACACGCUCUGCGUUAGCAACUUCAUUCGGAGCCUCGUUUCUCAGAUUCGCAACAGCAGCCUGGUCCAAGGAUAUGAAGAGAAACUGCGAGAUCCGGCCGUCCAUAGCCUACUGCAGGCUGGCGAGUGUGAGAGGAAUCAAGGGGAAGCGUUUAAAAGGUGUGUGCUUUUGCCACUUUUGGGAAUAAAACCACCUCAGCAGAAUCUCUUCAUCGUUGUGGACUCAAUUGACGAAGGCUGCAAUUAUGCUGAAGGAGAGCAAAGGCCAACAGGCUUGACAAGGACUAUUGCAGAGCUUCUAGCAUCUCAUCAUGACUUUUUCCCACCGUGGCUAAUGCUUGUCUGCUCUUCCAGGAGGCAAAGUAAAAUGGUGACAAAAAUGUUCACAGGCUUCCGAAAAAUUAGCUUGGAUGAUCUACGUAAAGCCUACAUAGUGAAAGAUGUACAACAAUAUAUCCUGCAUCGGCUGGACCAGGAAGAAGCAUUGAGGCAGCAUCUGACAAAAGAAACAGCUGAGAUGUUGAACCAACUUCAUAUUAAAAGCAGUGGUUGUUUCCUUUAUCUCGAACGUGUCCUUGAUGGAGUGGUGGAAAGUUUUAUUAUGCUGCGAGAGAUUAGGGAUAUUCCAGGAACAUUAAAUGGACUUUAUCUUUGGCUUUGUCAGAGGCUUUUUGUGCGAAAACAAUUUGCAAAGGUGCAACCUAUUUUAAAUGUAAUUUUGGCUGCUUGCAGGCCAUUGACGACUUUGGAAUUAUAUCAUGCCGUUUGGACAAAAAAUAUGACCCUAACCAUGGAAGAGUUUCAGCGGAAAUUAGAUAUAUUAUCAAAGGUUCUUGUAGAUGGCUUGGGAAGCUCGAAAAUACUGUUUCAUUACAGUUUUGCGGAGUGGUUGCUUGAUGUGAAGCAUUGCACUCAGAAAUACUUAUGUAAUGCUGCAGAGGGCCACAGAAUGUUAGCUAUGAGUUACACUUGUCGUGCAAAAGACCUCUCCCCCUUGGAGGUUCAAGAGUUGGCGCUGCAUCUACUUAGUUCUAACUUACAGCUCGAGACGCAUCAUUUGGCUUUGUGGAUGAUUUGGAACAGUACACCUAUAAAAGGAGCGUUGUCAACAAUGAUUCCUAAAGAACAGGAAAUACUACAGCUUUUGGUAAAGGCGGGAGCUCAUGUGAACAGUGAUGAUGACCGCACAUCAUGCAUUGUUCGACAGGCAUUGGAGAGAGAGGACUCCAUUCGAACUCUAUUAGAUAAUGGCGCCUCGGUUAACCAGAUUGACUCUAAUGGAAGAACACUGUUGAGUAGUGCAGCCUACAGUGGCAACUUAGAUGUAGUUAAUCUGCUGAUAUCUAGGGAAGCUGAUCUGGAAGUUGAAGAUAAUCAUGGGCAGACAGCACUUACACUAGCUGCACGGCAAGGUCACACCAAGGUUGUUAAUUGCCUCAUUGGACAUGGUGCUAAUAUAAAUCAUACUGACCAAGAUGGAUGGACAGCACUCAGGUCAGCAGCUUGGGGAGGACACACUGAGGUGGUUUCUGCACUUCUUUAUGCUGGAGCAAAAGUGGAUUGUGCGGAUGCAGAUAGUCGAACUGCUCUUCGAGCAGCAGCAUGGGGUGGACAUGAGGACAUUGUUCUAAAUCUUCUCCAACAUGGAGCAGAGGUUAACAAAGCAGAUAAUGAAGGAAGAACGGCACUUAUUGCAGCAGCAUACAUGGGACAUCGAGAAAUAGUCGAACAUCUGGUCGAUCAUGGUGCUGUGAUAAACCAUGAAGAUGUGGAUGGAAGGACAGCUCUGUCAGUUGCAGCAUUGUGUGUCCCUGCAAGCAAAGGUCAUGCAUCAGUGGUUAGCUUACUGAUUGACCGAGGAGCAGAAGUUGACCAUUGUGACAAAGAUGGGAUGACUCCACUAUUAGUUGCAGCCUAUGAAGGUCAUGUUGAUGUUGUUGACUUGCUUCUUGAAGGAGGGGCAGAUGUGGAUCACACGGAUAAUAAUGGUCGUACUCCUCUUCUGGCUGCUGCUUCCAUGGGCCAUGCAUCUGUCGUGAACACCUUGCUGUUUUGGGGUGCAGCCGUGGAUACCAUUGAUAGUGAAGGAAGAACAGUAUUGAGUAUAGCCUCAGCACAAGGAAAUGUAGAAGUAGUGCGUACUCUGCUGGACAGAGGACUCGAUGAAAAUCAUAGGGAUGAUGCCGGUUGGACUCCAUUGCACAUGUCAGCAUUCGAGGGUCACCGAAUAGUAUGUGAAGCACUUAUUGAGCAAGGUGCUAGAACUAAUGAGGUGGACAAUGAUGGUCGAAUCCCUUUAAUACUGGCAGGUCAGGAAGGCCAUUAUGACUGUGUACAGGUUAUGCUUGAAAACAAAUCAAAUGUGGAUCAGAGAGGCUAUGAUGGAAGGAAUGCGUUACGUGUUGCAUCAUUAGAAGGUCACAGAGAUGUCGUUGAACUUCUCUUGAGCCAUGGGGCCGAUGUUAAUUGCAAGGAUGCUGACAGCCGCCCAACUUUGUACAUCCUGGCACUUGAAAAUCAGCUAGCAAUGGCAGAGUAUUUACUAGAAAAUGGAGCAAAUGUAGAAAGCACAGAUGCUGAGGGGAGAACUGCCCUGCACGUCUCUUGCUGGCAGGGACACGUGGAAAUGGCUCAACUUUUGAUAAAUUAUCAUGCUGAUGUUAAUUCUGCCGACAAUGAAAAAAGGUCUGCUUUACAGUCUUCAGCUUGGCAGGGGCACAUGAAAGUUGUACAGCUGCUGAUUGACCACGGAGCAUCAGUGGAUCAUACAUGCAACCAGGGCGCCACUGCUCUUUGCAUUGCAGCCCAGGAAGGACAUGUGGAUGUUGUCCAAAUAUUGCUAGAACAUGGUGCUGAUCCAAACCAUGCAGACCAGUUUGGGCGCACUGCAAUGAGAGUUGCUGCAAAAGGUGGCCACACACAAAUUAUAAAGUUAUUGGAAAAAUAUGGAGCCUCUGGUUUAAAUGGAUGUAACCCAUCGCCAGUUCAUACAAUGGAACAGACAGCCACUCAGUCUGUCACUGUGAAAGUGCAGUCUUUGACAACUAAGUCAAAUAGCUCAGGCAGCACUGGUGGAGGAGAUCUACAGACUGCAAUGCGGUGCUUUUCUAAUGGUCCUCAACAUCCUUUUAGUUCACCUUCUGAAUCACCAGAUUCAACAGUUGAUCGACAGAAGUCCUCUCUGUCUAAUAAUUCACUCAAAAGCUCCAAAAAUUCCUCACUCCGCACAACCUCAUCCACAGCCACAGCCCAGACUGUACCUAUGGACAGCUUCCAUGGUAUGUCCUUCACAGAACAGAUACAGCAGCAUUCUUUGCCACGCAGUCGAAGUAGGCAGUCUAUUGUAUCUCCAUCUUCUACUACACGUUCCAUAGGACAGCAUGCUGGCUCCCCAUCCAGUGAAUAUGAAUGGGGACAAAUGAAGUCCAAUGUGAGAUCUAAUAAGAGCAACAAAACUGGGCACAGUAUGACCAGUGAAAGUUCCAAAUCUGCUUCUUCAGGAAAAAGAACAGCACAGAAUAAACAAAACAGCUCUCCUCAGCCAAAGGUUUUAGAAUAUGAAAUGACACAACUAGACAAAAGAACAGCCAUAAAUAAAGUGGUGCAGAAUAAUACAGUGUCACUUAAGCAGACACCACAUGAUUCACAGUGUAAAAUCCUGAUUCCACAGAGUCCGCAGGAAAACACAAGGGCUCAGCAACAGUUCUUAAUUCAGCAGCAAGGGGAGCAGAAGAAACGGAAUGGAAUAAUGACAAACCCAAAUUACUUACAAGGGAAUCCUGUUUUCUUGAGCAGAGUUGCUGUUCCAAGGAGUGCACAGGAAAGAGCACAUAAUGAUUGUUUGGAAGGUUAUCCAUUAGCAGAGACUGAACUGAGUCUGAAGCAAGCCUUAAAAUUACAAAUUGAAGGGACAGACCCGAGCUUCAAUUACAAGAAAGAGACACCAUUGUAGCAGAUAUAGCAGAAUGGAUUUCCUUGAAGUGCGGCAUUCCCAUCAUCCUUUGCUGCCAGCAACCCAAAGGCACUAAAGUAACUGCACCCUCAGUGGAACUGGCCUGGCUAUGAAGAAUUUAUUCUAUAUCAGUUUUGAAUGCACCUUUACUCAAUGAAAGCAGCAGAAGUGACGUUUUACUACUAUUAUAAAGUUUCAUUAAAAACUAUUUUAUCUGUACCCAAGUUUUGCUCUUUAAAUAUAACCAUAUACAUAUAUAUAUAUGCUUUAUAUAUUUGUGUACAUUAUACUUUCAUAAAGACAAACCAGUAUAUAAUGCUCAAACAAUUCUAGUUAUUUUUUGUUGCAUUGGGGAGAGAUAAGAAUGCAGAAUGCAAUUUUAAAUAUGUCCAGUCUGAGAGCAAACAAAGGCUGUACGAGAAAACAAUGCAUUCCUGAUGAUCUAGUUCUGAAGUGGGCUGCAGAUUGUAGCAAAAUAUGCUCAGCCAAAUACUAUGAGCUAUUUGAAUUCGUACCAUGAUUACACAUGAAGUUUUUGUCCUAUCUCUCCUUUAAAUUAUUUAAGAAGUUGAUUUCAUAAUCAUGAUAUCCACAUGGAAUGAAAAUGAUACUGGAAUGAGUUGGUCUCAUAUUUAUUUUGUUUUCUUAUUAUGAAUUGAUGUAUUCAUGAAAACAUGCCAAACAAAGGGCAACUUCAUGAUUUUGGAAAGAGGUUUGUAUUCCUUGUAAUGAAUUUAAGAUGGAUGUACAAAAUGUAAUGGUGUUCAAGAAUACACAGUGAUUUUUAUAUACAGUUUUCUUUCCCAUUUUGACAAAAGGAUAUCCGAUAACCAGCUGCAUAACAUGUAUGACGGAAAAGAGAAUUGCUUGCUAUUUGUUUGUGGUUUUUUGUGUGGAUUAAAAGGUGUGUCACUGUAAGGUGUUGAAGGUAUUGAUGGCAGGACUACUGUGGUGUAUUGCAUGUCGAUACUUAGACAAUACUGAUUCCAAAGUGGGAUCAAUUUAUGUCCUGUAGAUUAGAAUUAGGUGUAGCCUCUUGGGAGAAAAGUUAGACGUUUAUAUUCUAACACAGUAUUUUUGUCCCUGUGGGACUAUUCUCUUUGAUCAAUAUUUUAAGACUGCAGUUUCAGAUUUUGAAAGUGUUGACUUUGGCUCUUCAAGCUUUAUCAUGUGCCAUUACACCACAGAAUCCAAACUUGAAUCCUUGGUUCAGUGAAGCAGUAAUAAACACAGAUUCAUUUUGGUUCUUCUUUGUGUUUUAUUACACCAGGAGUGCUUACAAAUUAAAAUAAUGCCUGCGGCCUUUAUUACUAUUUAAGUUUUUAAAAAUAUCUCUAAGAACCAUUCUGGUUAGAUAAUAACUACAGCUUGAUACAUAAGGUGCUAAGAUUUUCAGAAAGGGUGUUUGCAUUCAUAUUUUGGUUUGAACUCAUUAGAAAUACAAUUUUUAAUGUUUCUAUGUAAAUACUGUAAAGUGAAAAAUUCCAAAUCUCUGUUUCUUCCGAUUCCUGUUUUGUCCUUAUUUCAAAUUCCCAGUAGUUCCAGUCAAGUGGAUUGGGGUUGGUGAGUAAAUUGUUUAAAGUAUAAAAGUAUAAAGACUCAAAACAUUGAAUCUAUUCUUAUAGUCAGUUUCUUGACUGGAACCAGACUCCAAAUCUUUCAUUUACUAGUUUAGCCACUUUUCAUUCUAUGGAAAAAUGCCUAUGGUUAUUUAUAUAUCAUUUGGAUGAAAAACAUCUGUGGAACCCUCAAGCUCUACUCUUCUAUCUUUAACUCCAGGCAGUAUUUGAGUUCUGUAUGUUUCUUUCAUCUUUUAUCCAAUUUUGUUUUGAUAUGCAAAUCUGUGUUUAUUCAAAUAAUCACUUAACAGUAUUUUCAGUUAGUUAGAUUUACACUUCAAACAUUUGGUUUUGUAUUUGGUUGUAAAUAGCUUAAAUGUACAUUGAAUUUUGCAUUGUAAGAUUUUAUUUUAUUUCUUGUAUUAUAUUGAGCAAAAAAUUCUUAUGUAUAGUAAAGUGCUUAAUAAAUAUAUUUGCUUUUCA